CAGUAAACAUAUGUGAGAUCUAUGUUCUAGGCUCGUUCAGGGCAUUCAAUCCCGACAACGGGACUCCGAAAAGAAGGUCAAGUGGCAUCGUAGUUUGCGGCACGGUCAGGUGGCUACCCGAGCCAUAGCGAAGGAUUGGUGGUAUCGUCGUGCUAACAUCUGUUUACAAAGGUUGAAGUCCGCCACCGCAAGAGAUACAAAAACUGCUCUCAGAAGUUCAGUAACUUCUUUGGAACACAUGUGCCCUGAAUAAAUACAUCAUCCUCAAUAUGUCGGCGACGCAAACACUUACAACUAAAGCGGAAGAUCCGGGUAUCGUUUCCCAUUACAAAGACGCCGCCUCAAUGAAGUAUGGGGACUGGAGAGACGAUUUCUACAAGAAUGGAUAUGCCGUCAUCAAAAAUGCGAUCACUCCGGAAAAGGCGAAGUCCUAUCAAGACCGAGCAUUGGAUUGGGUACAAUCUUUCGAUCUGGGCCUUGACUUGAAGGAUUCCACCACUUGGACGGAGGCGCAUUUACCAAAGAGCUUCAAGAACAUGUACCAUUACUAUUGCGCCGGCCAUGAAAAAUUUCUUUGGGAUGCAAGGACGGAGCCAGGCAUACUCAAGAUUUACGAAGACCUAUGGGGCACAAAGGAGCUUGUGGUUUCCUUCGAUGGCUUCAACAUUGGUCUUCCCAAGCGUACUGAUAUCCAAAAGAUGCCCUGGCCUCACUGCGACCAAGCGCCCACCCGCAAAGGUCUCGCAUGCGCACAAGGAUUCCUGAAUCUCGCUCCAUCUGGCCCAAAGGACGGCGGCCUGAUGCUCAUGGAAGGUUCGGCUCCACUCUUCGAAGAGUUUUUCAGCGAGCCUCGAGAAAUGUUUAGGCCACCGGGCGGGCGAGGUCCACCAAAGGACUUCGUCGACCUGUUCCUUUUCAAACAAGAGCAUCUUGACUGGUUUCGCGAGCGUGGUUGUGAGCUCAUGCAAGUUGACUGUGGACCUGGAGACUUUGUUAUCUGGGAUUCGAGGACAAUGCAUUAUGCCUCAUUCCCAGAAGGAGAAGAAAUCAGGACAGUGUUUUAUAUUUGUUAUACGCCGAGGGCAUUUGGCACUCAGGAGGAUAUGGACUUGAAGGCAAGGCUCUUCGAGACAUACAGGGGAACGACUCAUUGGCCACAUUGCAACAUUCGGGCGUCGGAGAGAUCCAUGGUAGAUGGGAAAGUGGAUCCGAUGGAGAGAGAUGAGCCCUUAGAGAAACCUGAAAGGACUGACUUGGUCCUGAAGCUGGCAGCUGUGAAAGCGUGGUAGGCGAUAAUUUUCAGCCGUUGGUACCUUCGGAGCUAUGUAGCUUUGUUCAAUGAUAAGGAAAUUUUUACAUACUUUUGACAUUCAAUUAAAACUUGCGAGCUGGCAAGUCGAGUAAAGAGAAGACACUCA